AUGUUACAAGGAGGCUUUAACUUGAGGUCAUGGGCAUCUAAUAAUCGCCGGCUGCAAGCAACCGCUACAGAAGAAGGUGUUCUUGACAACAAUAAGGUAACGAAAGUGUUAGGCAUGUUAUGGUAUACAGAAACAGACGAGAUAUCAUACCCAGAUAGAGACAUUCCUAUUUUUGAUAAUGUGACUAAACGAGCUAUUUUACAUAUCCAAGCUUAUGGUGCAGUAGCAUACUUGUGCAGAAAACAUGAAUCAAAACUCAUUUUUGCAAAAUCACGCGUUGCACCGUUGAAGAAACUCAGUUUACCCAAGUUGGAGCUUAUGGCUGCAGUAAUAGGCGCUCGUAUAGCAAAUCAUCUACAACAAGCUAUGGAAGUACAGGAAAAUUAUAUUUUGUUACGACUUUACCUAGACCAAGAUGGUUAUGUGAGAUGUGGUGGUAGAAUACAUAAUGCACCUAUAGAUGAAAAUACAAAAUUCCCUAUUUUACUGCCAGCCAAACAUCCUCUGACACGACUAAUCAUACUUGAUGCACAUGAAAAACAACUUCAUUCCGGAAUUAGUGCUACUAAAUGCCACAUACGACAGACAUUUUGGAUUCCUGUGAUACGACAAUGUGUAAAAUCACAACUCAGAAAAUGUACGACUUGUCGUAAAGUAAAUUCUAAACCCUACAUUGUACCAGAUCCACCACCGUUACCAGCAUUCAGAGUUGAAAGCUCACCACCAUUCACAGUAACAGGUUUAGAUUUCAGUGGAGCACUUUAUGUCCGAGAAGAAACCGGUAGGGAGUCAAAGGCUUAUGUAUGCUUGUUUACAUGCGCAUCCACCCGAGCUGUACACAUAGAACUCGUGCAUGACCUUUCAGAAGACACAUUUAUGCAAGCAUUUCGGCGAUUUGUUAGCAGACGGUCACUGCCUAGACUCAUAAUAUCUGACAACGCAACGACAUUCCAAGCAGCAUCGAACACUUUAAAGUCCUUGUUAGAAUCACAAACAUUGAAGGAACAGCUUGGCUUUAAAGGAACUGAGUGGCGAUUUAUACCAAAACGGGCCCCGUGGUUUGGUGGAUGGUGGGAGAGAAUGAUUGGACUUGUUAAGACAGCUUUAAAGAAAGUACUUGGUCGAUCAUUCGUUACGUUCGUAGUUCUGCAGACGAUACUUACCGAGAUUGAAGCCAUUCUCAACGACCGACCACUUACUUACGUUACGUCAGAUACGUUAGAUCCAGAACCGCUUACUCCUUCACACUUACUCCAUGGUCGGAGGUUAACAGAAUUACAUGACAACAUCGACACACAGAAGAGUGGUCAUAACGAGCAGACGAUACGCGUUGGUGACGUAGUACAGGUGCACGAGGAAUGUCCUAGAAUACGUUGGAAACUUGCCGUGGUAGACGAAUUGAUGCCCGGUCGCGAUGGAUUGAUCAGAGCAGCAAAGAUUCGUACCGGAAGUGAUCAUACAACAAGACCCAUUGCUAAACUUUAUCCGUUAGAGAUAAAUGAGAAAGAGUAA